UCAUCGAGUAUCGACCCUAAGACGAACCCAUUUGUCAGUUUCAGAUCAAGUAUAUGUCAUCAUCACUCGGUAAUCAUUCAAUUCUAACUCGCCUCGAAAGUGAAUAAAAUGUUUCUAAAAAGUCAUGCAGAAAGGGGAAGGGUAUAACAAUAUUCGGAUAAGUAAAGAGAGACAAAGUUUGCUUAAAAAGUACGAUAUUCCUAUUGAGUUUCUGUCGUAUGAGCAUAUUGGCAAAUGCAAAAAGCCAAAGGAGCUCGAGCGGAUUGUUCGAAUUUUGCGAUCAGGGGAAGAGGGAGUGUAUCCGCAUCUUACAAGCUUCGCUGAGGAGCGGUUGACUCUCGUUAAGCCUGACAGCCAGAUACUACGGGUGGUGAAACCCAUCGUAUCCAAAAGUUUGCUCGACCCGCAGGAACGCAAAGAGCUUGAGACUGAUGUUGAUGAUUGGAUGCAAGAGAUGAGGCUUCGAGAGCGAGAUCUCGUUGACGAACGAAUGAGCGUUAGCGAGCAGCCGUUGCCCCAACCCUCCAUCAGGACGACAAUUCAGUCAAUACUUAAUAAGUCUACAGCUAAAAUGAAUAGUAAAACAGGAAAGCGAAUAAGUGCUUGUGAUUAUAUCGGUUGGAGCAAAUACGAUGCUGACACUGAGUUGAAUCGCAUGGAUUUAAUCGAAGAGCAAGAGAAAAUUGCAGCUAAAAGAUUUCAGGAACAGCAGAAGGUCAAUAGAUUGAAGUCAAGGAAGGAAACAAUUAUUGAAAAAUCUCUGUUAACGGGGACGGAGUUGAGCGUAAUGGCCAUGCAAGAACGAGAAAAAGGCAACGAAGCAUUUCGUGCUAAAGAUUACGAGGAGGCGUUACAGCUCUAUAAUACAAGCAUCGCCAUGAGUUGUGACAUUAAUGUUUACAAUAAUCGUGCCAUGACUCAUAUAAAAUUGAAGAAUUAUGAGAAAGCUAUAGACGAUUGUAAUUCAGUACUGGCUACGGAUUGCAUGAACUUGAAAGCCCUCCUUCGCCGAGGACAUGCUUAUGAACAUCUCCGCAAAAAUACGAAAGCCUUGAACGAUUAUGAUACUGUUUUAAGAAUAGAUCCGAUGAAUCAAAUUGCACUUUCCGCAAUUAAUAAAUUAAGGGCAUCUGAUAAAUUGAAGACAACAAGGUUAAUAAUUGAAGAAAUACAUGAAGACGAAAAUCAAUAA